CUUCAGGACAAACAUCAACAGAAGGGAAAUUGUCAGUUAGGACUUGACGUCAUCACAUGACCAAUUCCUUGUGGUGGUGGGGUGGGAAGUCCUUUAAAAAGCGGCGCGAGGGGGAGAAGGAGGAACGAGGCGGAUUUAGUGGGUGUUCUCUAUUUUUUGGGGGGCCGGGGGGGUUCUACUCUGCACCGACUGCACGCACGCCGCCGCCGCCAACAUGACCAAGAAACUAUGUGGUACAAACUACCCGGCCAGCAUCUGCUUCAUCGUCGUCAAUGAGUUCUGCGAACGUUUUUCCUACUAUGGCAUGAGAGCGGUGUUGACGUUGUACUUUUUGACGUACCUGGGCUGGGACCAUGACCUUUCCACGGCCGUGUAUCACGCCUUCAGCAGCCUGUGCUACUUCACGCCCGUCCUGGGUGCCAUCAUUGCCGACACCUGGCUCGGCAAGUUUAAGACCAUCAUCUACUUGUCUGUGGUCUACACGCUGGGUCAUGUGAUCAAGUCGGUCGGUGCCAUUCCUACGGUGGGAAGCAACACCAUGCACAUCGCUCUGUCUAUGGUGGGUCUGAUUCUGAUUGCCUUCGGAACCGGCGGGAUCAAGCCCUGCGUGGCCGCCUUUGGGGGCGACCAGUUCCAGGAGAAGCAUGCCAAGGAGAGGAUGAAAUUCUUCUCCAUUUUCUACAUGGCAAUCAACGCCGGCAGCCUCUUGUCCACCAUCAUCACGCCCAUCCUCAGAGGAGACGUGCAGUGUUUUGGUGGCGACUGCUACGCUUUGGCUUUUGGCGUGCCCGCCGCUCUCAUGAUGGUGGCCUUGGUCGUGUUUAUCUUAGGUAGCAGCCUCUACCGGCGAAAUCCUCCACAGGGCAACAUCUUGUUGGAGGUCUGCAAUUGCAUCGGCUUUGCCAUCAAGAACCGUUGGAGGAGGUCCAAGUAUGAGUCCAAGAGGAGGCACUGGCUGGACUGGGCCGAGGACAAGUACUCGAAGCGUCUGAUCAUGGAGAUCAAAAUGGUUCUGCGGGUCCUGCUUCUUUACAUCCCUCUGCCCAUGUUCUGGGCUCUCUUCGAUCAACAGGGUUCGCGCUGGACUUUGCAGGCCACCCGGAUGAACAUGUCCUUCGGUGCCUUCUCCAUCAAACCUGAUCAAAUGCAGACACUGAAUGCGCUGUUAAUUCUGGUGUUCGUGCCCGUGUUCGACCUGUUCAUAUAUCCGCUAGUUAGCCUCUGCAGGAUCAACAUCACUCCGCUGAGGAAGAUGGCCACCGGGAUGAUUUUUGCAGCGUUGGCGUUUGGUGCCGCCGCCCUGGUGGAGGUCCACGUGGUGAAAACGGUGGUGAAACCGGCGCCAGCGGGCCAGUGUCUGCUGCAGGUCUUCAACUUGGCACCGGGGGACGUCCGUCUCCACUUCCCCGAGAGCCAGCCUUUUCCAGAGCCGCUCAUGUACCUACAGGAUCCUGGUGAGUACCUGAAGCUGCCACUAGGGGCGCCCAGCACCAACGUGAGCUUGGAGGUCGACUACCAAGGGGCCACCUCUCGCUGCAACGUCACAUUUGGCCAGCAGGAGGCGUACAGUCUCAUCCUGCACCCCUCCCGAGCCGGAAUACGCUGCAGACUGGUGAAGGACCACAUCGAGAAAAGUGACGAAGGAGCUCCUCUUGUAAGGUUCGUCAACACGCUGUCGGAGGCGGCCACCGUCACCGUGGGCGACGAGACCUUCCACGCCGACGCCAAUUACAGCGUCUCCGCCAACAAGACCCUCCAGCGGGGAGUGUAUAAUAAAGUGAGCUGCAGUUUACAAUCAAAGACUUGCCCAGACCUGGACCUCGGACUCCUGGACUUCGGAGCCUCCUACACCGUGGUCCUCCUUGAGGAGUCCGGUCGAAUUACGACACACAAGAUGGAGGACGUCCAUGCCAACAACGUACACGUGGCCUGGCAGAUCCCUCAGUACGUCCUCAUCACGGCAGGCGAAGUCUUGUUCUCCAUCACGGGCCUGGAGUUCUCCUACUCGCAGGCCCCCGCCAACAUGAAGUCGGUCCUGCAGGCCGGGUGGCUGCUCACCGUCGCCUUUGGGAACGUCAUCGUCUUGAUCGUAGCGGAGGGGGCGGGGCUUGAGCAGUGGAAAGAGUUUGUGCUGUUUGCGGCUCUGCUGCUGGCCGUGUGCGGCGUGUUCUCGGUCAUGGCUCACUUCUACACGUACGUGAACGCUCAGCACCUGGACAAAAUGGACGCCAACGAUCACAAUGGCGGCCAACGCAGCAGCGACGACGACGACGACGAACACUACGGAUGCGCCAACACGCUGGAUAAGAAAAAGCGAGACUUGGAGCCCAGCACCAAACUUUAAACGCAAGCGCCUUCCGACAACUGAAAAGGAAGCGCAAACAAUGAAAUGCGAUCAUUUUUUUCAUGUCGUUAUUCCCGUGAUGUGAAGUGUUAGCAUCAAAGGCUAACUGUAGAUUUUACGCACAUUUCAAAUUUUUAACGUCUGAUUUUUUGGGGGGGUGGAACGCUGCUGUCAUGGUUUGUCAUUUCCAACUUACUCUUUGCUUUUUUUUUUCAAGGUUUUGCGUGUAGCACAAUGCUCUCAUCUUAAAGAAAAAAAAAAUCUCAGAACUUUGCACACCUUUUUCCGGAAAAAAAUAGGACCGUUCAUCUAAUUUAUGAUGUUUUUUUUUCUAAAAAAAUUUCAAUCAUUAGUUUACCAAUUUUCUUGAGCAGUUUGUCAUCAUUUUACUUCAUCCACUUGAAUCUAAUUUUUUUUUUCUUCCAAAAAUUCCCAUUCAGUUCGCCACUUUUUUCUCGGACAAAGAGAAUUUUUAUGGGUUUACUUUUUUCUUUUUAAUUGAACAAAAAUGAAUGCAUAUCUCUUUAUAUUUUUUUUCCACAGAAAAAUUCCAGUUAAUUUUCACAACUUUUCAAUUGUUUCUUUUUUUUAAUCUGAAUUUAUUCUCACUUUGUUACAUUUGCGAAAAAGAACAACAAAAUCUCGUCAUGACCUAUGUUCCGUUUUCUCGCGCUCCAUGUUUCUGUCUCACUCUUUUUAGGUUUUUGUGCUCACCUGUUCUCGUCAAGACAGUUCCUCGUGUCGACCAAUCAGCUCCCUCGUGUCUGUGCCACAUAUUCCUCAUUGUGAGUUUGCAGUUUCUUUCUGUCCUCGUGGGUAGAUCGUUUGGCGGCUGUUUUGUCAUUAACUGCGGUCUCAAGUCAUGUCAUGGUCAGUUGAAUCCUCAUGUUUUGUUUUUUUACUUUGAAUCUUCUUCUUCAGACUUGAAUUAAUUGGGUAGCUUUGAUUCCACGUGCCUUGUUCACAUUUUUGUGGAAUAAAUAUUUUGUAGUGA